GGGCGGCUCGGCAGCGCCGCGGCUCAGGCCGUGCGGUGCGAGCGACCCGCGGCCCCUGUGCCGGACCGCCCGGCCCGCCGGACCCCGCCGGACCCCGCACACGGCCCAGGUUUAGAUCUGCACAAGAACCAAGAUCAGGAACCAUGGCAUCCAUCCCAUCCAGCGGCUCGCUCGUGGCCAUGCACAACUAUCGCAGAAGGCGCCUGAGCUCCACAUCCAGCACCAGCUCCUGCAGCUCAGAGUACUCUGGGGAGGUCAUCCCCCAUGGCCCAGAUCUGCCCAAGUCUGACCCCGGCCAGUGGUGGGCCAGCUUCUUCUUUGGGAAGACAGCUCACCCAGCCAUGACAACGGUGUCAGAGUCCCAGGAGAGCCUGGGAGCUCUGCGGGUGGCCGCAGGACCCAUAGCCUGUGGGCUGGUGGCAGCCCCGGGCGCAGGACAGAGGCGCCACGCCAGCGAGUCCAGCGCGGGUGCGAUGUGAGCGGGUGCGAUGUGAGCGGGUCCGCGCUGCUCCCUCCCACCCCGGCGGGCACAGCCCCUCCCCUGUAGAAUAGCCGGCUGCUCCAAGCAAAAAAGGUGCUGCUUUCUAAUGGAAAAGCGCAGCAGCCCCGCCGAUUCCACUCCUGCCUUUUUUACUCUCUCUCGGUGUAACUAAGCCCUCUCAAAGCCGAUGUGGUAACUCGUUUUUAUUACCCUAAACUCGCACAAUGGCAAUGAAUAAACUUGAGCAGCCUUUUAAA